GAAGGCUGUGACAGAUGCGAGAACGGAAGCCGAGAAGCGAAAUGGUGAAAGAAAAAAUGUACAUUGAAAUAUAUGCUUGCAGCGAAUAAAACUGUGGUUUACUCAGUCGAUGAAUGACCAUGGCGAUGAAGCCUCCUACAGUUUAAUGACAGAAGGAACAACGAAAACAACUAGCAUACUUUAACGUAUCUUUAUGAUCACUGCUUUCAGUUAAGCCAGUUAACGUUAGCAUCUUCCAGGAAUUAUUCUGCGCCGUGCUGUGCUGAAGCGACUGUUUGCGUUAUGUGAAGGGGACGGCUGGAGCAUUAUAAACCAAGUUUCACGUGUUUUCACGAGUGAUGUAUUCCGCAAUGAAAGAAAUGUGUGCGGUUAACAGUGGGACAGGUGUCUUCUAUCAGGCAAUGCCUGCUGUUGGUGCCGAUGGAAAGAACAUCAUGAAACUGAUUCCUGUACAGAUGGUUAAUGGGCAGUUUGUCCAAACUCAGAUGAGCAAACCCAAAACCGAUCCAACACUACAUAAAGCUGUAGCCUCAGCACCUGUUCCGGUGGUAAAAGAGGCAGAUUUUAAUCAUUCUGAAACUCAGCAAGUUGUCAGGAAACCAGUUUCCCUCAUGAAUGUCUUACAGAAUCAACCAGAUAAGCAUCCAUUACAGCAAAAGACUGGAAAUUUAAUGGGAAAAGUAGCACCUUCAAUUGCAACGACUGCAACAAACUGUGAGAAGCCAAUAAGAGUUUCAAGUCAGUUCCCAGUGACUGUGAAAUCUCCAGCACUCCCCAGAGGACAGUACCUUCAGAUUCCUCCUCAUGCACAAGUCCGAAGAGUUCCCGCAUCUGAACUGCCAGUGAAUAUCAAGAAAAAGAUUUUUACGUCAUCACCCAGCCCCUCUCCAGGUUCAGAUGUACCCAGUGUGGUCUAUGUGUCACCAAUCACGACCGUAAAUCAAGGUGUCACUCCACCAAAUGAUUCAGCACUUCACUCACUCAAACUGCUCUCUAAAGCAUCAAGUAAAACUUCAUGUGGACCCCUAUCAAAAGGAUCCCAGAAACAUUUAAAAUUGGUACCAACGGUUUCACAAAGGCCCAACAGCCCCAUAAAGUGGAGGAUUGAAGAAGAAGACAGCUCAACGGCUCGAACUCUUGACCCUCUUAAUUCUCCAUCUGUUACUUCAGAGAUUCUCUUGGCUUUGGCAGAAAGAGAAAAUGCCAGCAAGUCAGUUUCUCAGUUGAGUCAGGGCAAAAGUGGACAGGAUCAGGAAAACGCCUUGGUUGUAUGCAACGGGAAGGUGUAUUUUGUGGCCAAAAAGUGCAGCAUGCAGUUUAAAACAGUAAAAAAUGACUCUUCAGUACCAGCAAAUAAAAGUUAUGAAGUCAACAAAACCAUGGUACCUUCAUCCAGAAGAUCACUGGAGUCAGUGGCAUCUGAAUUACAGCAGGACGACAGAAUUAUCAUUUCAGAUGAGUCAGACGACGUGAUUGACCUCUGUGAUGAUGACGACACUCAGGAUGACUCGUCCCAGCAGGCAGCAUCAGUUAAUAUGUCAGCAAUCACACAUCUGGAUGAAGACAAUGUAAUAUUUGUUUCAUAUAUUCCACCCAAAUCAAAGUCUGAUUCAGCACAAGGUUUGGUACUUGGGAAGGAAACUGAUCAGUUGGGCACAAGCAGUUCUAACAGUGUGAAAGAACUAACGAGUCUGGACGGUACAACUGCUGGUGAUGACAGAGAUGACAUCUCCGCCCUUAGAGGAAAAACACCUGGCCACGACAUAUUUGUUAACACAGUCAGAAGCCAUACAGAUGUUUUUGGUUCCGCUGAUAAUGAGGGCUUAAACGUCAUCAACAGUCAGCAGAGCACCUGCACACAGCAGUUGGAGAGCAUGGAAGCUGAUGUAGACACAGAAAGUUCAGCAGAUCCCAGCGCCUCUGACAGCAGCAGUAGAAUAUGCUCUCAGAUAGAGGAGAAGGAUGACCAAAUGGAGAGCUCUACGAAUCCUGCAACAACAUCUUUGCUGGAACCAAAAUCCUGUCAAAUGGCUGACCAUGUGCUGAGACGAAUAUUUAAGAUAACAGCUGAUGUUAAAAUUUGCCUGCAGAGGAUUGAUGAAGCCUCAGCUGGGUUGGUUCCUGCAGAACCUCUACAGAGUGAGUGCGUAAGGUUAAUGGAGGACCAUCAAGAACCAAUGAGCAGGUUGAAACACGAAGAACUUAUUUUACAGGACCUUUACAGCCCUGAAGAAACUGAUAGUGGCAAUGGUUUCAUCAGCAUCAAACUGAUGAAAGUAGAAACUGAACAGAAACUGUCAGCAGACCCUUCCAAUCCAAGUCCUCACACAUGUACUGGACCUCUCAAAUGUCCACGUUUCAAACUGAGCACAAACCCUCUGUCUGCUUUGAAGUGUAAUUCAGGUCAAAGUUCACUCAAGGGAACAUCUUGCGAUGUUGAUACUGAGCCAGUAAUUGGCUACGUGGAACCCAUAGAUGAAGAUAUCCUCAGCACAGAUGAAAAUGACAUCCCCAACUCACAGGACACAGAUGCGCAACCACAGACUCCGAGCUGUGUGGAUCUGAACACAAACACGAGGAGGAUGGGAAGAACAAGGAAGCGCACAGUUUGUCGGUGUUGCAUCCCUGGUUCUCAUGUUCCUGCUGUGAAGUCCAGUGCAAAGUCAGUAGAGCCAGAGAAGUGGGUGUGGACAACAGAACAAAUGAGUAUAAAAGGUGGAAGAACUAAGGCUGUGAGAAAAGAUGUGAAAACAUCUGGAAGGAUCAGCUGUUUAAUAGCAAAGAGCAAACAGAAAUGUAAGACUUUUAUGGGUCCAGCCAGCAGCAGUUUACCCACAACACCCAUGGACUCUGAUGAGCUCCAGCGACAUGAACAGAUCAGACGACUCGAAGAGCUUCUGGAAGAGAAAGAAGCAGGUUUAGAAGUGAUGAAAAACAGCUCGAGCUGAGAUUUUUUUAAAAGAUCCUACAUAUUCGAACAUUGUUAUAAAGUUAAUAGAUUUAUUUUCGAAUAUAAACUUAUUGUUACUGUUUAUUUUUGUUGGGGUUAUCAAAAACUAACACAAGUUUUAUAUCGCUUCCGCACACUGACAGUGUUCAUGCCUGGGUGGUGGAAUAUGAUGACUGAAAUAUGUACUGACCCAUGACAUACAUAAAGAUGGGCAACACAUAUCCACUUCCUUCCACAGUACAAGACUGAAGUCAGAAUAUCCUUGAUGAAAAAUAUUUAAGAGGGAGUACAUUGAUGCUUUCAGGGGUUCUGAAGUGCUACAGAAGCAUCUCCAUCUAAUUCACACUGACUCUGACCUCCAAGCCAAGCUGUUAAGGUGCUUGUGCUGGUUGUGGCCAGGCGCUUUAUAUUUUCAGGUUGGCUGUCUCUCCAUCCCAUUCUUGUGAGACUUUGUGGAAAUACUGUGAAAAUAUCACAUCUGAGCUUUCUCACACCAGAUGUUUUUACAAUUUUUCUGCUGAUGAGUUGCUGAAUGCUUCAGAAAACACUGCCAGUGUGCAUUUAUAAUUUGUCACUAAAAAGCUUUUUCUAUUUUUUAUCUUGGUUAAAAUGUUAUGGUAUUGAUAAGAAAUUAUUCAAUGUAAUAUGGAUAUCAAGUAUUGAUGCAAUAUAUAAAUAUUUUAUCAAAUAAACUUACUAG